AUGACUGCUAAUCUGAAGCUCAACACCCCACGCAAGAGGGACCACGAAGAAGUAAACCACUUCGUAGAAAAGUUCAAAACAGCCUUUAAGUUAGAGCUACCGACUCGUAGUGAGACCUGGUCGCCACAAAGCAACAACUCGCUCGGCGGCAAAUCAUCCUCCGAGGAGAAAUGUGUGAACUUGAUCAAGUUUAUUUACUACAAAAGACGAAAGACGCUGGAGGACAUCCUCCAACUUCAAGCGCGUCCGGAUCUACAGCAAUCAGAGAGGACGAAGCUCCUCGCAAGCAAACUGCAACUAGCCUACGAUGAGAUACGCACUCCAGGCAAGCCUAGCCGCUCAGAAGAUCGAGCAAUUCAUAGCCUUACCAAGCAGCAUGAACAUGCUUUUGACCUUCGACAACCUAACUUUGAAGGUAUUCGGUCUGGCUUGCAAUCAAAUACUACAGUCCUGAUUGAAAGGCUUGAACGCAAGAGCGAGCACUUGACGGCCAUUGACAUUAUACCUACGACACCUCCAAGUUCUGAAGAGUCCGAUUUCGAAACGGCUCCCGAGUCGCCUACUCCAGCAUGCCAUGGCUCGCCUAGGUUCCCGAGACCAUAUUCUCCAGUAGAGUACCCAGACCUGUCCCCGUCGCGAAAAAGAUGUUCAGAGGACCCUGUGGAGCAUUCAUAUUCCGAGAAAUUCACCCGUACCACCAAUGGUAGACGCAGCAGCUCUCCCCAGAGAAGUGAGAUUCCAACAUCGAAUGUGACCUCCUUUGCUUCUGCCACACCAGCUAUCACAUCUUUCAUCACGUCUUUCACAUCCAACGGGACCAAUGAUACAGAAAUCACUAUUCCACCAAGGAGCUUAGCUACGGACCAAUCUCGUUUCGACAAUGAGGCGAUUUUCGCUGAUAUCGAUCUACGGGAGCAAGCUCAUCUACAGCCCAAGCCCCCCCUGGCAAGCUCGAUGGGUGACCUGGAACUCAAUCUUCUGUUAUCUCCCAGCGCAGCAGACGACACAAGCCCAAUCGAUGGCGACCGACCUCUAGAGUCUGCUUUAGAGCCACAUUAUAUUCGAAAUCUAUAUAAGCAAAAUCUUUUCGUUGACACUAUAUCGGAUAAAUUUGGCUUCUUGGACUUCCUUACUCACUUCGAGUGUACUCGGGCUGCUCUAGUGAACAAGCUACCGCCUGAUGAGGUCAUUGCAAAAUUCUCCACUGAAGUACCGAUUGCCUGGGAUAGCUUCUGGACACGCAUAGAAGGACUACCUAAAAGAGUAUCACGGGGACCCAAGACAUUGUGGCCAUGCUCUUCUGAAGAACCUGGACAAUAUACCCUGAAGGGUAACGUCAUUUUUAACAGCCGCAAUGAACGAUCUCUUUGUAGACUUGAACUCGAACCACCGGUUAAGGAGAUCUCAUGCCGUUUCCAAAGAGUCUUUGGAUCAGAUAGAUUUCUAUACAUCACCUUUCCUACUUCAAGAGGCAUGCCAAAGGGAUUGGGGAUGUACGAAGACAAAUUCGUAACACGAUUUAAAGAAUGGCUCCGCACGAAUCAUAGUUUCGCUGGUCGCGUGUGGCGGGCAGUUCACCUACAAGAGACGAAAACAAGCAAAACGGCACGGCUCAAGAAUGAAGCGUCAAAAUACCGUAUAAUCUUAUUCGCUAUGUCCGGCUGCGGGAUAUUACCACGAAUGCCUCAGCAACUCUUGGGUUCUAUUGCAGGAAAGAGACCGCCAAUGCACGCUGAGAUGAAUCUCUUUGAUCUGAUCAAUUGGUUUAUGCCUUUGUCGCUCAACAAUGACAAGAACUAUUUGAAGGCUUUUGCACGACUGGAUCUGGGCUUCUCGCGCACCAUACCGUUACUGGUUUUCAAGCCGAGCCAGGUGAAAUUCAUACCUGAUAUCAAAGCCGACGGCACACCCGAAUGUACAGCUUUCAACGACCAGAAGCUGGACUGGUCCCCCAGGCCCAAACCAGGCAUGGACAUGACAGAUGGAUGUGCCAGAAUAUCCUCUGAAGCUGCUAGGCAGAUAUGGAAAUUAGCCAAUGAGUCGGGACCAGUCCCAAGCGCCUUCCAAGCACGAAUUGGCGGAGCGAAGGGUGUCUGGUUUGUCGAUGGCUCCACAGAUCGCGUUGAGGAUACAGAUGUGUGGAUCGAGAUUCGCCCGAGUCAACUGAAGUUCAAGGCUCAUCUCCGUGACUCCUCUGACAAGACAUUCGACAAAGAUCGACUCACGUUUGAAAUGGUGACUUAUAGCCGGCCUCUCCAACCUGCAGCGCUAUAUCAAGGGUUCUUGCCAAUUCUCACAGAUCGAGGGGUCAGUGUUGAGUAUAUCACGAGAACUCUGAAGCAUUCGAUGGACCUACAGCGUCAGACAAUUCUGGAUAUUCUGAAGUCGCCAGAUGAUUCCGGACUGCUACUUCAAAAAUGGAUUGAGGAUACGUGCGGGACAUAUAUGGACCACAAUGGCGAAACCAGUAUCCAGGCAGGAUUCUAUUCCUCCCAUACGGAGUGUGUGAAAGCUAUGAUUGGAGCUGGUUUCAAGCCCACCGAGUUCAAACACCUUGCCAACUUAGCCCAAAGCAUCAUUUUCCCCAACCUAUUGGACACCGCUAAGUAUUUCCGUUUGCCAGUAGCGAAGAGUACGAUUGCUAUCGGCAUUGUCGAUCCUUACAUGGUCUUGGAACCUGGCGAGAUAUUCAUUCAAUUUCGCAAGCCUUUCCACGAUAUCAGUACUGGGCAGUCUCGGACGUCUUUUGAAAAGACAGAAGCACUCGUGGCCAGGAACCCGGCACUCAGAAGAUCAGAUCUCCAAAAGGUCAGAAUUGUCUCCAAAGAAAAGCUCCGACACCUUUACGAUGUUGUCGUAUUUCCUUGCAAAGGCAGGCACGCACUUGCGAACAAACUACAAGGUGGUGACUACGACGGUGACACUUUCUGGAUAUGCUGGGAAGAGGAUUUUACAAACUUCUUCAUGAAUGCCCCGGCACCCGUCGAAAAUCCGACUCCAGCAGACUAUGAGAUCUCAGUCGACCAGCGGAGUCUAAAGGAAGUAAUGCGCAAGGAACAUUCGGUCUCUCACUUUAUUCGGGAGGCGUUCGACUUUCGACUGAAGCAAAACCUCUUAGGGGUGGUUACACUGACCCAUGAGAAAUUAUGCUAUGCCGAGGGGACCAUCAGAUCUCCGAAGACUGAAGUCUUAUGCGAUAUUCAUGACCUCUUAGUUGACUGCAUGAAGAAUGGCUAUUCUUAUGAUAACGGGAGGUUCAAUCGGCUCAAAAAAUCGUUUGGUGAUAUCAAAUUGAACGAGUCAAGCAGCGAUCCAGCAUACAAAAGAGCAAUGAAGCAUAUUGCACAGUCGAAAUGGAAUAGCAAAUUGAUUCCGGAAAUUAUGUCGCAUAAGAAUCAGCAUGUCAAGAAUGUCAACGACGACCUCUUCUUUGAGCUAAUGAUCCCACACAUUGAAGAAACCAUCUUACAGGUUUCCAAUAUUCUGCAGAAGGCCAAGGCAGAGGAUGUUGCCCUGUCGAAGCCUUACGACGAUGAGAGAUAUCGUGCUUCUCGUAGUGAGAGUAAUGACAAAGUGAUGCAGAUCGAAAUCAAGCAUAUCGAUGGCAGGUUGGGAAAGAUUCUCGAGUAUUGGAAUAGCAUCAUGACGAAGGAUAUGGAUACAAAGGAUGAGAUCGGUGCAUGCAUCAAAGAAUGUUUUGAUGGAUAUCGAAACGUCUACCCGAUAAACAAAGAGGACCGUGUUGUCUCACGACUGCUUAGACCUGUUGCUUCAGGAGCUCCUUCAGAAUGGUCGUUACUGAAAGCUUCGGCACUGUUUAUCCGAUGUCUAGGUAAGAUCAACAAGUCGCAGUCGCUUGCCUUCCGCAUGGCUGGCUUAGAGCUGUGCUAUAUCAAAGCAGUCUCUUCUGGACGGACGCGAUUCCUCGAACAAAAGAUGUGGAUGUCUCUGAAGCCUCGGAAGGUAGCCUCAAACCGUGUGGUGGACGAAAGCAUAGACGAGCGGGCCGAUGCCGUUCAAGAUGUUUGUGAUGAUGAGGCUCUCGAAGCGAUAACUUGA